GCUGUUUUAAGAUCCAUCGUCUCGCUGCGCAGGGCUGUUGCGCGGGAGGGAGCUUGAGUUGCGGCACAGUGUCUGAGAGAGAGGGAGAGAGAGAUUGAGAGGCAGGGCUGGAUCGAGACCACACGACAGGAAUUUGAAGGGAGCCUGCCACGAGUGGAGACUCUUCGAUGAGAUUGUCCGUCGAUUUGCGGCUCAGCGUUGUGUUUGGCGUCUAUUUAUCCCCGUUUCUUGACUUAGUCGGGUGAAAUUGCUCGGGGAUUGGCAAAGGGAUAUCGUGGCGCGACGGGGCAAGGAAUGAUGCUGAGUUGUGUAUGGAGGUUGCAGCGUGCAGAUCUUACAGCUGCGUGGCGUGGACCGGGUGCGUUUCGGGAUCUGGUGCAGGGUGUAACGUUCGUGCGGUGUGUGCGGUCGGAGUAGCGCGUUUGGCGCAGUGGUGGUGUUGGUGAUGUGCUCACGAUUUGUGCUAGGGUGAAGCUUUCGGAGGCGGAUCCGAGACAGAUCCGUUGCAUUUUUUUUGAGUGGAUUGUGGAGAGCGCUCGGUAAAAUGGACGGCACCGAGAAAAUUCCGGUGGAGGGGAUCAAAGUGGAACGGAUUCAGGCUUGUCAGGUGGCUUUUUUUCUUGGAUUGAUGCCUUUGAUAGUCGCAUGGAUUUACGCCGAAAUACUGGAAUUUAGGAAACGCUCUUUGAACAAAGUACAUAAUGACGUCAAUCUGGAAGAGCUGAAUGAUGGAACCUCCAAAGACGAGGAGAAAGCCGCUUUGCUAGAGGCAGGUCUUUCCGCAAGCGGAGUUGUUCCAGCUGUAACUGCUUCUGUGCAAGCAUCUUUACUCAAGUUUUGUACGUUGAAUGAGGCCUUUCUGAUUGAGAACCGUCUCACUUUGAGAGCUAUUGCCGAAUUUUCGGGCCUCCUCUGCUUCUAUUAUCUUUGUGAUCGAACCAACUUUUUCUCUGCAUCUAGAAGGCAUUAUAGCAGGGACUUGUUCCUCUUUUUGUACCUCUUGUUGGUUCUAGCGUCGGCUCUUACUUCCUUGAAGAAGCACAAUGAUAAGUCAGCUGCAACUGGAAAAUCUUUUCUCUACUUGAAUCGACAUCAAACGGAAGAAUGGAAGGGUUGGAUGCAGGUCCUUUUUCUUAUGUAUCACUAUUUCGAAGCUAAGGAGUUUUACAAUGCCAUUCGGGUGUUCAUUGCUGCUUACGUCUGGAUGACGGGUUUCGGCAACUUUUCCUACUAUUAUAUUCGGAAGGAUUUUAGCUUGGGCCGUUUUGCACAGAUGAUGUGGCGGCUCAAUUUCCUGGUCUUCUUUAGCUGCAUUGUACUGAACAAUGACUACAUGCUCUACUACAUCUGUCCAAUGCACACUCUCUUCACUCUCAUGGUGUAUGGAUGUCUUGGUAUCUAUUCAAAGUAUAACGAGGUGCCAACCGUGAUGGCCACGAAGAUAUUCAUCUCAUUUCUGGUGGUGAUAAUUGUGUGGGAGAUUCCUGGCAUGUUUGAUAUCCUCUGGAGCCCUCUUACUAUUCUUCUAGCGUAUCAAAACCCCUCGCAUGCGACCCCGCAGCCCUUGCUUCAUGAAUGGCAUUUUAGAUCAGGACUGGAUCGAUAUAUUUGGAUCGUCGGCAUGCUCUAUGCUUAUUUCCAUCCAACGGUGGAGAGGUGGCUUGAGAAGCUUGAAGAGAUGGAAAGCAAAAGCCGAGCUUUUGUGAAGUCUGUGGUUAUCUCCGCUGCAGUGCUGAUGGGUUAUCUGUGGUAUGUUCACGUUUGCACUCUGGACAGGGUUUCCUACAAUCGGGUUCACCCUUACACAUCAUGGAUUCCUAUAACAGUAUACAUUGUGCUCCGAAACUUCUCGCAGUCGUUACGCAAUUACUCACUAACUCUCUUUGCUUGGUUAGGAAAAAUCACGCUGGAGACGUAUAUCUCGCAGUUUCACAUAUGGCUUCGGACUGGUAUGUCCAACGGGCAACCGAAACUGCUGCUCUCCCUAAUUCCAGAUUAUCCUCUUCUCAACUUUAUGGGAACUUCUGCCAUCUAUAUAUUGGUAUCUUACCGACUUUUUGAGUUGACAAAUCAAUUGAAGAAUGCCUUCGUUCCUCAUAAAGACAAUGGGCGACUGCACCAAAUGGCUAUGGCUGGGGGAAUUAUAUGUAUUAGCUUGUAUGUCGUGGCUCAAGUGUCCACGAACCUCCCGAUGCUUCUGGCUUUCUAGGCAGGGCUGAACGUAGUUAGUCCAUUCUUUCAAGAAAGCAUUUUGAUCAUUCAUACAUUUUACUCUUCAGAUGAGGCACGCCAAGUGCUCUUGUAAUUUCUUCAAAUGACCAGCACUAGAUUUGGAAGGUCUCAAAUUUUCAUCAUUACGUUUCAUGGUUGAAGAUUCUAAUUUAGCAUCGUUUGUUAGGAAUCUUUUUUCUCAUGUUCAAAAUUGCUUUCCACAUGUAUGAUGUGGUCGAUGUUUUUUCCAGAAAAGAAGUUCGCCACUCAUAUUCAGAGUUCGUAAUCCAGGUUACAGUAUUUAGUCGUGUUGAGUUAAUUAGACUGAUUGUCGACUUCGUUUAGUGGUUCCAAAAGUGCAUUCAGAAGUUUUUCUCGUGCAUUUCGCAACCAUCAAUAAAGCAGGCAUGAAAACUUUCUUUUA